CAAAAAGAUGAAGAAUAUGGCUGCUGAGCUUAUUUACAAAUAAAUAAAAAUUCAAAAAGAGGGUCAUAUUUUAGCUAAGGACAAUUUUGCAACAAUGGAGGAACUGAGCGAUAAAUUUUUCUACCUGUAUAGUUCAGAUAUUAAUUCAAGAAUCGAAAUUAAAAUCGGCACCUUGGAAGGCAAACGAGAGAAACCCAGCUACGAUGAAUUGUUAAAAGACCCUUUAUUAAGGUUUUCUGGCUUGUGUCAGGAUAGUUGUCCAGACUUAAUGGUUGAAUGUCAAAUUUUUGACAAUAAUGAGCCUCUAUCCCUACCCAUUACCACUGAAUACAAAGCGUUCACCACUAGAUGGAAUUGGAACGAAUGGUUAGCUUUGCCUCUGGAAUUUUGCGAUGUGCCCAGAACUGCCCAGUUAGCUGUUACAAUAUAUGAUUGCGGAGGCCCUGAGAAAUUACUCCCAGUGGGAGGCACCACAGUUUCACUUUUCAGCAAACAUGGUGUCUUUAGGGAGGGAAUGUUGGAUUUAAGGGUGUGGCCCAAUGUUGUGGCAGAUGGCAAGUAUCCAACUUCAACUCCAGGUAAAGGCAAUGACGGUAAAGAUCAUUCCAAGGAUCAGAUGUGGAAGUUAUCAAAAUUGGCAAAGAAGCAUAGGAAUGGCCAUAUACCUAAGGUUGAUUGGUUAGACAGGCUAACCUUCAGAGAGUUGGAAGUAAUUAAUGAGCGUGAAAAGAGGUCCUCUGAGUACAUGUACUUAACAGUGGAGUUUCCAAAAAUGUAUUUUGAUGGUAUUUUGCAUCACAUUGUCUAUUUCGAACAGAAUGGAGAGGAAAUUCAUAUGUUUAAGGCAAACGCAGACGUUGUUUUUAUUCCUGACCCUGAAAUUGGAAAGGAGAAUUUGGUCGAGAGGAAGCAUCACAUGCUCGCGCGAUCCUUGCGGAGCGGCCAUAAUGACAAGGACGCCAAGCCCAAUGCCGCCGUCAGGGACAUUUUGAAUACAAUCGUAGCGUAUCCCGCGACGCAGCAGCUGUCGAAUGAAGAGCAAGAUUACGUAUGGAAGUUUAGGUUUUAUUUGAGCACGCAGAAAAAGGCACUGACCAAGUUCCUGAAAUGCGUCAACUGGCACCACUCCAACGAAGUGCGCCAAGCGCUGCACAUGAUGGACAUUUGGCAACCAAUGGACGUCGAGGACGCGCUAGAACUGCUGAGCCCGAAUUUCGCCCACCCCGCGGUACGCCGCUACGCCAUUUCGAGAUUGCAGCAAGCCCCAGAUGACGAGAUCCUGUUGUACCUGCUGCAGCUCGUGCAAGCGUUAAAAUACGAGAAUUUCGCGUCGAUACAGGAAGGAUACGAGAGGAUAUCGUCGGGCCACGAGAUGUUCCCUCUCAACGAAGACAACGUCAGCUACCUGGAGAAGAAGGACAGCAAGGAGAGCAACAGCACCAUCACCGGCGAAUCGGUGUUGCAACGGUCGUCGAGCUACACCCACGAGGAUCACCUCACGGCGACCGACGGUACCAGCGUCAUCGAAGUCGACAGGCAUUUGCCGUCGCAAAGUCUACCCCCUAACCUGCUUCAGAACGUAUUUACGGAUUCGGGCAACACAGACACCCUGCAGGAGGAGGAGGAAGAGGAGAACGACGUGCAAGACCUGGCGUCGUUCCUGGUGCACAGGGCGUGUAAAAACUUCACGCUGGCCAACUACUUCUAUUGGUACCUCUUGCUGGAAUGCGAGGAUCAAGAGACCACCGUCAAGCAGGACGAGGAGGUGCGCGGCAUGUAUUUGACGGUGAUGAAGACGUUCUCGCAGACGCUGGCGAAGGGCACCGAGUCGAUGCAAAAGAAGAGGGGCAUGUUGGCGAAGCAGCAAAAGUUCAUAGACAAGCUGGUGCAGCUGAUGAAAGCGGUCUCGCGCGAAAACGCGAACCGAACGAAGAAGAUCGUCAAGCUGAAACAGCUGCUCGCCGAUCCGGACACGUUCAAGUACAACUUUUCCAAGUUCGAGCCGAUCUCGUUGCCUCUAGACCCCGAGGUAAUAAUAACGGGCAUAGUUCCGGAGAAGGCGAGUCUUUUCAAGUCUGCAAUGAUGCCAGCGAAAUUGCACUUUCACACGGGCGACGACAACGAGUACAUGGCGAUAUUCAAGCUGGGCGACGAUCUUAGACAGGACCAGCUCAUACUGCAGAUGAUAACCCUGAUGGACAAACUGUUAAACAAGGAAAACCUCGACCUGAAGUUGACACCGUACCGCGUGCUAGCGACGAGUACCAAACACGGUUUCGUCCAGUUCAUCGAGUCGGUCACGGUGGCGGAAGUGCUUGCCAUGGAGGGCAGCAUCCAGAACUAUUUCCGGAAACACCAUUACCAGGAGACGGGACCUUACCAGAUCCAGCCGGACAUCAUGGAUGCGUACGUCCGCUCUUGUGCCGGCUACUGCGUGAUAACGUACAUCCUAGGCGUGGGCGACCGCCACCUGGACAAUUUGCUGCUCACGCAGGACGGGAAACUAUUCCAUAUCGAUUUCGGGUACAUUUUGGGACGCGACCCGAAACCUUUACCGCCCCCGAUGAAACUGAGCAAGGAGAUGGUCGAGGCGAUGGGCGGCAUGAGCUCGGAACACUACCAGGAGUUUAGGAAGCUGUGUUACACGGCGUUCUUGCAUUUGCGCAGGCACGCGAACCUCAUGCUGAAUCUGUUCUCGCUGAUGACCGACGCUAGCGUGCCCGACAUCGCUCUGGAGCCGGACAAAGCGGUGAAGAAGGUUCAGGACAAACUGAUGCUCGAUUUAGGCGAGGAGGAGGCCGUCCAUUAUUUCCAGAAUCUGAUCGAUUCGUCAGUCACGGCGGUGAUGGCCGCCAUCGUCGAACAGCUGCACAAGAUCACGCAGUACAUGAGAAAGUGAUGUGGGCGCGAAGCAUCGACCUUGUACUGCAACACUGUGAUUUUUGCGUGCAAAUAAGAAUUAUUUCCGAGAUUUCAAAAAACCAUGCGAGCCUAGCGGCUACCGAGCGA